CAGUUGACGUGGACCUAUAUUGAGAGAAGACGGCCACAGAUACCCAUGACAGCUACUGGAGUGCUUGUAUCCGUAAUGGAGGGUCCUAUACUGAUCAUGUUGUCAGAAGAUUAGGGGGUGAUUCUGUUGUGGAAUGGCGGAAGGAAGCGUGGAUCCGUUGCAUGGCAACAGUGCUGUCGACAUCAAGUUCAUGGUAGAGAAUGUUUAUCGUGAUGCCAUCAUUCGGCAGGUUCGAUGUGGAUCUUUCAUUGCACACAUGUGUUUCCCUCAGAGCAAGACAGAGAACAUCAGAGCGAUUUUAUCCAAAGAAAACCACCAUCAACAAAUGAAAGCCACAGAACUCUUUCUGGACUACCUCAAAGAUGGCAAAGAACCAAAGGACUAUCUUCUCUUCGUCCAGCUGCUGGAGGAAAAUGAGUAUGACUCCAUAGCCAAAGUGCUUAGAGGAGAGAGUACUCUUGAUGGAGAAACUCACAAGGAGCAGCUUAGACUUAUCAAGUUCUUCUCCGAGGACAUCAGUAAAGAGAUAGAUUUCAACGUAAUGUUUCCAAAACUCUUGGAGGAUGAUUGGUUGGACGACGAAGACAGUCAAUUGCUCCAAAGCUUGGCUAAAAACACUGGGAGGAUCCCUGCUGCCAGGUGGCUGGUCCUGGUGGUUCUGCCUCGCCGGAAGGAGAACUGGUUCAAGCUGUUCCUCCAGCUGCUAGCGGACCACGGGUACCAGGAGCUGGUUGACUGGAUCCAUGGAGACUCAACUGAAGAAAGUCAAAAUGAGGUCUACAACAGCGAUAUGUCUGUAGACGAAGUUGAUGGCACAGUUAGAAUGAAUGUAGUCACUGCUUCUGGCGAUGGAUACAGUGACAGUGGAGUUAAUGACCCGGCCCCAGAAAAUAACCUCAGCAUCCCUGGAUCAGGCGGGAAAUUGAACAUUAACGUAUAUGACAAGUCGAAAAGUGCUUACAGUGAUCCCGAGAGCGUCAACAAGUGGAGGGAGACUUCAAUGAAAACUCAGCCAGAUCGGCAUGAUAUCCGUGACGACGUGAGCACAGGGACUGGUUCAAGCUGCGAAGACAAUACACUUUUGGAGUUCGAUAUAGAUGAAUUAAGUAUGACUCCCGAAAUGUUGGCUGCACGCGACAAGAUUCAGAGCCUUGAGAACAGACCCUACCAGGAUGAGUUGGUGAGGGCAGCUGCCGGCGGGGACAGCGUUAUCAUCGUAGCACCCACUGGCUGCGGCAAGACGGUGGUGGCCUUGAGAAUAAUGCAGGAACAUCUAACUAAAAUGAAAGGAAAAGGGUUGCCCAGCAAAAUUGCAUUUUUCGCCAAUGAGGUGACCUUAGUAGACCAGCAGCAUGAGUUAUGCCAAGGUCAUCUUGAUUCCCGGUACAAAACUACGAAGAUUGUUGGAGAAACAAAAUACACGAGUGCGGUCACCACCAAGGAGCUGUUAGCGCAAAGUGACCUGCUUGUUAUGACGCCGCAGAUCAUCGUUGAUGCCCUGGAGAACAAGACCCUGGAAUCUCUCUGUGUCUUCAGCCUCAUCAUCUUCGACGAGUGUCAUCACAUCCGUGAGAAACACCCAACAAACAAAAUAAUGAUUCAUUACAUGGGAAUGAAACAGUCCUCUGACACAAAUAUGAAGCUACCACAGGUCGUGGGCCUCACAGCAUCGGUCGGGGUGGGGAAGAUGAAGGAGGGUGAUGGAGCUAAAGGUGCUCUGGCACACAUCAUACAUCUGUGUGCAAACAUGGAUGCCAAGGGAGGGAUCGUUACUGUUCGAGAACACACAGAAAGCCUUGCAGAGUAUGCGAAUCAUGUGGAGAGUGCGAUUGAAAUGGCAAAGGAAAGGACAUCUGACCAAUUUAAAGACUGCAUAGUUGCGAAAAUCAUGGGACCCAUUGAGGAAAGAAUUAUAGAAGAACACGGCAAAUCGACUGAUAAACUGAAUCACAUCAAGAACAUAGCCAAGGAGGUAAUCCCGUGCCUGGCGAAGGGAACAUGCUGGUACACACAGUGGCUCGGCAAGCUGUACAGUGACAAGUUCCUCAGGAUAAAGGAUCCGACGCUUAGAAGGUUCUUCUUGACGUGUGUAAAACACCUCAGUGUCUAUAACAAAGCACUGACCCUCAACGUGGAUUGCCGUGCACACGAUGCCAUGAACUAUGUUGUGACUCAAAUGAGCACCAUAUAUCCUGCGAGGCAGUUUAGAACAUCCACUGACGAUUGGCUCUUCUCGCUGUAUACUGAUAACCGUGAGAAGCUAAAAGCCGAAUCUGCACCUGAUAGUAACGUGAACCCUAAGCUGAUAGUGCUUAGAUCCCUUAUGGUGGAUCAGAUCAAGAAGAAGAAGGACUCUAGAAUCCUUGUCCUUGUGAAAACACGUGACCUAGCACGAGCACUAGUGCAAUGGAUGUCGGAAGAUCCUGGAAUGAGAAAGUUGUCUCCCGUUGUUGUCACUGGAUGUGGAGCCACAACGGACCAAGGAGGCAUGACACGCAAUCAGCAGUUGGAGGCUGUGAGGAAUUUCAAGUGGGGCACGAGUCGUAUUGCAGUAGCUACAUCAGUGGCAGAGGAGGGGAUGGAUGUUGCGAAGUGUAGCAGGGUCAUCAGAUACGAGUAUGUGUCAAACGAGAUAGGAAUGAUACAGGCAAGAGGAAGAGCAUCACGUGUUCCAGAUGGAACAUACGUCACACUCACCAGCAAAGACGACGUUGCAAAGAAGGAACAGAGCAACAUGCGUCUGGAAUCGGUCAUGAAUGAAGCAGUGAAUAUUCUACAGAAACAAAUUCAGGAAGAUCCGGUAGCAUUUGGUGAACAAAUUGAAAUGUUCCAGAAAGAGGACAAGGUGUCCAGGGAAACAGAAAGAACCAAAGAAGCACAGCAGCCUUUCACUGACGAGGUAUAUAGCCUUCAUUGUUAUAAUUGCGAUGUAUUUGCCUUCUUGUCAAGCGAUAUCAGAGUGGUUGCAAAUUCCCAUCGCCUUGUUAUAACUCCAAAUGUCUUGAACAUAGUUGACGAACAGACACCUGAAAGUAAGGAUGCAUUUGAUCAUAUGCAGAAAGUUAGUGCUGUUCAUUGUAAACGAUGUCAAGCUAGAUGGGGCAGCGGUGUGAUGUACAAGGAGGCCAGGUUUGUGUGCAUAUCGAUCAUCAACUUCCUGACGUACAAUUCCAGCAAAAGAUCCUAUCGCUUUAAUAAGUGGAGAAAAGUCCAUUUCCAGUGUCCCGACUUAACGGAUGAGGAUGUUACUCAAUACAAAACCCAGAUGGUAGGUUAAUUUGGAAGGGUGAUGCAGGAUGAAUUUGUUAUUUCAUCAUGACAGUGUAUUUCAUAAUUGAAAGUAACUUUCUUGUAAAAUAUGUUGACUUUAUUUUCAACUUCCUGCCGCAAAAGACCUGGGUACUAGCCAAAAGCUAUGUCAGAUACAUUUUUUUGUUCCAUUUAAAAGGGCAGAAUUUGCAUAACAUUAUUUCCAAAUAUGCGAUGAACUCGGAACCCGGGGGAUCAUGUGUAGAAAUAUCCGUUAUUCAGGAGUAGUAUAGUACCAAAGUGAUAAUAACUCUUAUUGGACCCAAUCUUUAUUCCAUUUAACACUGUAAUGACAAGUUAAAAUGUGUAUAUCAUUGACAAUAGAGUAUGUGAUGACAAUUGACUAUUAGUUGUGUCAGUGGUAUUUAUUAUUAUGGGUUAAUUACAUCUAACCACUGUUCUAUGUUUUUUACAGUUUUGUUACAUCAUAUGAUUUUAAAGAAUAGUUAAGCUAUUUGUAAAGUGUAUACGUAGACGUUUCCAGGCAAACUUUAUCAUGUGUACUUCAUUCCAAUGUCUUAAUGAGUGGUUAUUUACAUUUUGUUUGCACUUUAUGUAAUGUAAGUGCUAUUCGGUUGGAAGGAGUGCUUUUAAGUGAUGAUUUCGUGGACUAGACAUACAUUGUCUUUUAUAGGGUUCGCCCUUGCUUGAACGUUUUUUAUAGAUGGGUUUCAAAUAUUAAUCUUCUUUGAAAAUAUAUUCUCUUUUUUUUAUAUGAGAUAUAAUAUUCAGUCCAUUUCCAGUGUCCGAACUUAACGGAUGAGGAUGUUACUCAAAACAAACCCUAGAUGGUAGGUUAAUUUGGAAGGGUGAUGCAGGAUGAAUUUGUUAUUUCAUCAUGACAGUUUAUUUCCUAAUUGAAAGAAACUUUCUUGUAAAAUAUGUUGACUUUAUUUUCAACUUCCUAUCGCAAAAGACAUGGGUCCUAGCCAAAAGCUAUGUCAGAUACAUUUUUGUUCCUUUUAAAAGGGCAGAAUUUGCAUAACAUUAUUUCCAAAUAUGCGAUGAACUCGGAACCUGGGGGAUCUUUGUGUAGAAAUAUCCGUUGUUCAGGAGUAGUAUAGUACCAAAGUGAUAAUAACUCUUAUUGGACCCCAUCUUUAUUCCAUUUAACACUGUAAUGACAAGUUAAAAUGUGUAUAUUAUUGACAAAAGAGUAUGUGAUGACAAUUGACUAUUAGUUGUGUCAAUGGUAUUUGUUAUUAUGGGUUAAUUACAUCUAACCACUGUUCUAUGUUAUUGCAGUUUUGUUACAUCAUAUGAUUUUAAAGAAUAGUUUAGCUAUUUGUAAAGUGUAUACGUAGACGUUUCCAGGCAAACUUUAUCAUGUGUACUUCAUUCCAAUGUCUUAAUGAGUGGUUAUUUACAUUUUGUUUGCACUUUAUGUAAUGUAAGUGUUAUUCGGUUGGAAGGAGUGCUUUUAAGUGAUGAUUUCGUGGACUAGACAUACAUUGUCUUUUAUAGGGUUCGCCCUUGCUUGAACGUUUUUUAUAGAUGGGUUUCAAAUAUAAAUCUUCUUUGAAAAUAUAUUCUCUUUUUUUAUAUGAGAUAUAAUAUUCAGUCCAUUUCCAGUGUCCGGACUUAACGGAUGAGGAUGUUACUCAAUACAAACCCUGGAUGGUUGGUUAAUUUGGAAGGGUGAUGCAGGAUGAAUUUGUUUUUUCAUCAUGACAGUGUGUUUCAUAAUUGAAAGAAACUUUCUUGCAAAAUAUGUUGACUUUAUUUCCAACUUCCUGUCGCAAUAGACCUGGGUACUAGCCAAAAGCUAUGUCAGAUACAUUUUUGUUCCAUUUAAAAGGGCAGAAUUUGCAUUACAUUUUUUCCAAAUAUGCGAUGAACUCGGAACCCAGGGGAUCAUGUGUAGAAAUAUCCGUUGUUCAGGAGUAGUAUAGUACCAAAGUGAUAAUAACUCUUAUAGGACCCCAUCUUUAUUCCAUUUAACACUGUAAUGACAAGUUAAAAUCUAAAUAUCAUUGACAAUAGAGUAUGUGAUGACAAUUGACUAUUAGUUGUGUCAAUGGUAUUUAUUAUUAUGGGUUAAUUACAUCUAACCACUGUUCUAUGUUAUUGCAGUUUUGUAACAUCAUAUGAUUUUACAAAAUAGUUUAGCUAUUUGUAAAGUGUAUACGUAGACGUUUCCAGGCAAACUUUAUCAUGUGUACUUCAUUCCAAUGUCUUAAUGAGUGGUUAUUUACAUUUUGUUUCCACUUUAUGUAAUGUAAGUGUUAUUCGGUUGGAAGGAGUGCUUUUAAGUGAUGAUUUCGUGGACUAGACAUACAUUGUCUUUUAUAGGGUUCGCCCUUGCUUGAACGUUUUUUAUAGAUGGGUUUCAAAUAUAAAUCUUCUUUGAAAAUAUAUUCUCUUUUUUUAUAUGAGAUAUAAUAUUCAGUCCAUUUCCAGUGUCCGAACGUAACGGAUGAGGAUGUUACUCAAUACAAACCCUAGAUGGUAGGUUAAUUUGGAAGGGUGAUGCAGGAUGAAUUUGUUAUUUCAUCAUGACAGUGUGUUUCCUAAUUGAAAGAAACUUUCUUGUAAAAUGUGUUGACUUUAUUUUCAAUUUCCUGUCGCAAAAGACCUGGGUACUAGCCAAAAGCUAUGUCAGAUACAUUUUUGUUCCUUUUAAAAGGGCAGAAUUUGCAUUACAUUAUUUCCAAAUAUGCGAAAUCGGAACCCGGGGGAUCAUGUGUAGAAAUAUCCGUUGUUCAGGAGUAGUAUAGUACCAAAGUGAUAAUAACUCUUAUAGGACCCCAUCUUUAUUCCAUUUAACACUGUAAUGACAAGUUAAAAUCUAAAUAUCAUUGACAAUAGAGUAUGUGAUGACAAUUGACUAUUAGUUGUGUCAAUGGUAUUUAUUAUUAUGGGUUAAUUACAUCUAACCACUGUUCUAUGUUUUUUACAUUUUUGUUACAUUAUAUGAUUUUUAAAAAUAGUUUAGCUAUUUGUAAAGUGUAUACGUAGACGUUUCCAGGCAAACUUUAUCAUGUGUACUUCAUUACAAUGUCUUAAUGAGUGGUUAUUGACAUUUUGUUUCCACUUUAUGUAAUGUAAGUGCUAUUCGGUUGGAAGGAGCGGUCUUAAGUGAUGAUUUCGUGGACUAGAUAUAAAUUGUCUUUCACAGGGUUCGCCCUUGCUUGAACGUUUUUUAUAGAUGGGUUCCAAAUAUAAAUCUUCUUUGAAAAUA